AUGGGCAAUGAACAUGAAGAAGAAGGAACAAGUUUGGAAGAUGAUGAUGAUACUCCUUCUUGCGAUGAAACAGCAAAAACUUGUGCUAAAUUGUAUGAUGAAUUAGUCUUAGCAAAAAGAAGAAACAAAAAUGUUGAGAAGGAGGUGGCUAUGGUUAAACUAAGGGAGUCCUCAUCGAAAGAAAAAAAUGAAACUUUAGAAGUCAAAAUCGAAGGCUUGGAAGAUAAAUUGUCAAAAUGGAAAGGAAAAGAAUCUUGCCUUUGUUCCACCUUAAAAGAGGAAAUCAUUUCUCUUAAAAAGGAAAAAGAGGAGUUUUUAGAAAAGGCUCAAAAAGACCAUGGAUCUUAUCAAGAUGAGCGAAUAGAUCGUAUGGAGAAAAACUUGGCCAGAUCCUCCAGAGGUGCAGCACCUAUGGACAUUAGCUUUGCUCCUUCUAGUGAUGUUGCAUCUGAUGAUGCUUCUGAGGGAAAGGAAGAAGAUGAUGACGCAUCCAAUGAUAAUUCUGAAGAAACUGCUGAUGCUGAUAAAGAUGAUGAUGCUGCAGAUGCAGAUGACGAUUGA